GAUCAAGAUGGCCACACCUACGGGUAGGAGUGAGGUGUUGGAGGGUAAGCCGACUGAAGUCACACAGAAAAGCUCAGAGACCGACUUCUCUGACUCCGCUCUACAAGCUGCAAACGAUGGCGUGGAGGAACAGCAGUUAAUCGUGGGAAAACAUUUCCUCUCACUGGCCGAGGCUGGUGUCGAUGCAGAGGAGAAUGGAAACGAAGCUGUUCAUUGGUUGAUAAAGGCCUCUAGACAGGGAAAUGUUGAGGCAACAACACUUUUGUCCAGAUGUCUGGAAACCAAGCUAGGUACGAAAGAGGAAGUGUUACCUGAGAUCACGUGGUGUAUUAAGACAACACCUGUGGAGAAGAGAGUCCGCCAUGCUGCUAGGGGCCUGUUAGCAGAUCAACCGUUCACGGAAGAGCGUGUACUCACACGAGACGAGUACUUGGAUGCUGUAACAACCUUUGCUAGAUCUCGCCUGGAGAAGUCGGUGCUCACCUCAGCAGCCAAGCGACUGGGCAAUGAGAUCUCUGAGGCACAAUUUGUGAAGGCUGUAUCCAAGCAGAUUCAGGGGAAGGUCAUCCCCACCACGGAAGAAGCGUCACUGAAGGAAGCCGAGUAUGAAUCGGCCGGGACAUUCGUCAAGUUGACGAAGUACCCUCGGCAGACAGUGGCGUCCAUGAUGAAUCACGGGUUGGAGUUAGCCUCCAAGGAAGGCACUUCCUGGCUGGUCUCGCUCAUCCCCGUCAACCAGAUACAGAUCAUGUUGUUGUUGUUUGCCUACAGCUUCCUCACGCCGAACUUCCUGUUCCUGGUCAUCCCUCUCUUCUGUUUCUACCUCUCCUUCUUUGGUAUGGUCGUGUCUACACUGCAGAUGUUCUACGGACGCCGCAAACUCUCGAACGUAACCACAUGGGCGAAGAUGAUGCAGGAACAUGAUGUGGGGAUCGACUUGGAGACCGCGCAGUCGCAGUUCAUGUGGAACUCUCUCACUCCAUACAUGGUUUUCUUCAGCUCCCUCUUUUUCACCGUUGCCAGCUUUUCGCUGGCGGAAAAGAGUUACAUCCCUUGUUCGGAGGUGUGUCUCUUGGCAGGAGCUUUCGCCUUUCUCAGUUUCAUCGCCUUGAGUGACAGUUACGAUUUUCUCUUGAUCAUAUCUGUGUUCUGUAGCUUUAUGUCCACUCUACCCACAUUCAUGGCCGGCUUCCCUUACAUACCUGUCUUCACCUGGUUGAUUAGCUUUUUAUUCUCACCUGUUACGUACAUCCAGGUGGGGUCACUGUUCAGGAUCAACAUUGGCCUCCCUUCCCUCUCUUACGUCAUUGUACCCGUGUUUUUCGUGCGAAUGGCAAUGAAAAAUUCCUGGCAAGGAACAUACCGGAUUUUGGUUCCUCAUUUGGUGUGUUACUUCUGGUGGAACUUCAUGGGUUCUCUUUUCCCUUUCACUACUUGGACUGGUCUGAUCCGUGCUGGGGUAGGGUAUGCUCUGAUGCCUGUCAUGUUACCGGCAAUGAUCGCGGGAGGGGUGGGGUAUGGGUUUUACACUAUCCUGGUUGUCAUGAAGAGCGAUGUGGUGGGAAAACUUCUGGUCACCCUGUUGCUACUGUGCAUCCCCAUUCUUCUGACGAAAAGUAAAACGAUUUUUGGGGCGAAAUUCGAAGCGAAGUACGGCACGGCGAAGAAGGUGUUAAUGAUAUCGCUGGCAGUUCUGUCUGUGCUUCCGCUGGCUUUCAUCAGAAUCCCCACACACAAAGUUGUUGACACCCCGCCGUUGCCUUGGGAAACCUACAUCCGCCAUUGCUGGACACCGAGUGAUUCAAACAUGGUGGGGGAGCAAAUCAAAUGCGCUCACCUGACGGGAGUGAGAGUGAACUGGUCCGGGGUUGUCCGGAGUGUAAAAGUAACACAGGUAGACAACAGCGUGGAGAAGUUUUUGAAUGGUUUGCCCACCGUGUUCGGGGAGCACCUGAAGUGUGUAUAUGGGCAGCGAUAUCCUCCCUGUGACGCAGAGGUGAUGAGUGAACAAGAGCUGGACGCUUGUGAGCUGAUGAAGGCCAGCAAACACACCUGUCAUGUUAAGGAACACAACGUCCUUACCUUCCAGCUCACGGUUGAUGUAGGGGAAGGAGCGGACGCUCAUGCUGUCUGGAUCAAAGCCGAUAACAAGUUCAAGGAAACCGUCCAGGCGUUAGAACCGUCAGACCAGGUGGCCUUCACGGCCAUCCUGAAGGACGGGUUGGGAGGUCCGACACCUCAGGUUACCCUGCGGCAGCUCACCUGUACCAGCCGGGAGUUACCUAUCAUGCAGAUAAUCGAGGACGAAUUGGAAAGUUUGUACGAGAGAAAAAUCAACGAAGUUGUCAAAGUCGCCUUCCAUUUUGUGUGGUACCCCUUCCUGGAGUACGCACCUUAAGCCGUAGGAACCAUCUGUAGUCCAGGCCCCAGGAUCACGAAGCGAUCCUAGAAAUAAGUCAAAAUUUCAGAUGACCUUUAACAUGUUGAUUCUUAUGUUACGCACUCAGAAUUUUGCUUGACAGUGUAAAUUCUGGGUAAGAUAUUGUACAACAAAUUUGAGCUGAAAUAACGAAUAGGAACAUACCAAAUUUUAUGAUUUAAGUCUGGACAUAAGUCUGAGAUCGCUCAGUGAUCCCAGGGCCCGGGCCCGUAUUUAUCAUGCAACCAACCUAUUGAAAGACUUAAGUCAUAAAUUACAAGUCUUUAAAAAACCAAACUCAGAACACGAAAGAACUCAAAUUGUGGUUAGUACAUUGUUCUGCAGUAAAAUAUCAGUAUGCAAAUGUUCAGCUUUCUGGAGCGAAACAUUUUAAUUGCAGCUGUGUUAAGACUUUAGUCAUAAAUUUGAAUUUUUGAUUUAAGUCGUAAGACGCAUGAUAAAUCUGGGCCCAGUCUUAUUGAGUCUUACUGAGAUUAUUUUAUGAAGCUUUAUUUUUAUACUGGUGUAGUAA